AUGGUGGGGUGGCUGAAGGUGCUGGCGUACAGCGCCGGGGGCGUGGCGGUGGCCGGCCUAGCGGCGCUGGUUGCGCUGCAGGAGCGCCUCGUCUACGUGCCCGUGCUCCCGGGCCUGCCGCGCGCGUACCCCAUCACGCCCGCCCGCCUCGGCCUCAUCUACGAGGAUGUCUGGCUCCGCGCCGCGGACGGCGUGCGCCUCCACUCCUGGUUCAUCCGCCACUUCCCCACCUGCCGAGGUCCAACCUUUCUGUUCUUCCAAGAAAAUGCUGGCAACAUUGCUCACCGUUUGGAAUUUGUUCGACUAAUGAUGCAGCGACUACAGUGCAACGUUUUUAUGCUUUCUUACAGAGGGUAUGGUGAGAGUGAUGGUUAUCCUUCUCAGAAAGGGAUCACAUAUGAUGCACAGGCUGCACUUGAUCAUCUAGCUCAGAGGAAGGACAUUGACACAACCAGGAUAGUUAUCUUUGGAAGAUCUUUAGGAGGUGCUGUUGGAGCAGUUCUUGCCAAAAACAAUCCUGACAAGGUGGCCGCUCUAAUACUGGAAAAUACAUUUACAUCUGUACUGGAUAUGGCUGGUAUUAUGCUUCCGUUCUUAAGAUGGUUCAUAGGUGGGAGCUCUUCUAAAGGUCCAAAACUUCUGAACUGUGUUGUUCGCUCUCCAUGGAAUACACUUGAUAUUGUUGGAGAGGUCAAACAACCCAUUCUCUUCCUUUCUGGAUUGCAAGAUGAACUAGUCCCCCCUCCACACAUGAAGAUGCUAUAUGACAAAGCUUCUGAUCAUAACAGAAAUUGCAGAUUUGUUGAUUUUCCUAGUGGUAUGCAUAUGGAUACCUGGAUGUCUGGAGGGGACCGCUACUGGAGGACAAUCCAAUUGUUCUUGGAUCAAUACGCUCCUGGAGUACAGAAUCGUGAUGCCAGCUUCAAAAGUGAAAUUACUGAGGAUGAUGAAGCUGCUGAUUGA